AUGCCCGAUACAGAACCCGAGGCUGGUCCAGACAAGGCACCACCUAAUCUUCCCAUCGGCUGGAUUGCCCAAUGGGAUGGAAACUCUCGAAAAUAUUACUUCGUCCAGAUCAGUACCGGAGUGUCGACAUGGGAAGUGCCUACCGAAGCAGCCCCUACUGUGCCCUCUCCAGGAAACACCCCAGCACAGCACCAGAACCCUUUCCCUGUCCCUCAUGAUGCUCAAGGACAAACGACACGUGGCGUAGACGGACAAGAAGGCGAGCGUGGACUUGGAGGCAUGGCCAUGAACAUGCUAUUGAACUCGAACAAGCCCCAGCAACAGCAGCACUCAUCUGGUCUCGGCGGGCUGGCUGCACAGUUCCUCGGCGGAAAUUCACACUCGAACUCAGGUCAAGGUCAGAACCAAAGUCACAACAGUGGUGGUGCCGCAGGAUUGGUUGGUAAACUCGCUGGAAACUUCCUAGGAGGAGGAAACAAACCACACGGACAACAGCAAAACAGCGGCAGUGGUCAAAACAGUGCUAUGGGUGGCCUCGGAGGCUUUCUGGGUGGUCAGCAGUCAAGCGGUAGCCAUAGCAAUGCUGGUGGAAGCAGCCACGGUGGUGCCAUGGGUGCUCUUGGUGGAUUGUUAGGUGGCCACGGAUCCUCGCAAAAUCACCAGCAGGGCUACGGUUAUUCGUCUGGCGGUUCAAAUCAAGGAGGCACAUAUUCUGGACAGGCUCCUCCUUCGUCGUAUAAUCCUUCAGCUUCUCAUCACUCUUCUCCAGCUCCAUACGGUCAGUCUGCUGGCUCGUACGGCGGCCCAAGCGGACAAGCCACUGGCUCGUACGGCACUCCCAACCAUAGCGCUCCUGGACAACAACAUGGGCAAUAUCAGUCGUCGCACAACAGCGGACCACCACCAAGCCAGUAUGGCGGUCAGCCUUCACAUGCUUCUUCAGGUUACCAAUAUGAUCAAUAUAGCCAGCACCAGCACAAUCAAUACGGUGGUGCACCAAAUCACGGCCAACCUCAACACAACUCGCAGUACAGUGCCUACCAACCUGGUCAGAGUAACAGCUACGGGCAGCAGUCCGGCGGCCAACCCGGCCAUGGUGGGCCACCACCAGGACCACCUCAUGGCGGACCUCACGGUGGACCACAUGGUGGACCUCAUGGCGGAGCUGGUUACGGGCAACAAUCUUAUGGUGGGCCACCUCAAGAACAGCUUACGCAGCAUCAGUACAAUCAGUAUGGUGGAGCGCAUGAGCAGUUGGGCCAGCACCAAGCAUCGCAUGGAGGUUACGCAGGACAGAGCAACUAUGGAGGCCCACCCCCUCCAGCAUGGCGAUAA